GCCACGCGCACGGGACCGAGCGCUUCCACACAGACACUGAGAGAGACACAGACACACACACAUAGCUCAGAUAUCCCUGGGUAAUACCUUCACCAUUCGCCAUAUAAAGAUUGCUCGCUCCAUCAACUCGCUCCGCUUCGCUAGAACACUCGUGCAGUCUCGCGGAUUCGAGUCUCGCGUGGCUGCGAGGCUCAUCCCGCGGCUCGAGAUCGGUGGGCGAGCGAGCGAGCGAGCUGGUGGCGAGCUGGUGGUGAGCUGGUGGUGAGCUGAUGGUGAGCUGGUGGUGAGCUGCUCUCGUUGUUGCACGUCGCUUUGCGGUGCUGAUAACCACGAGGAGACAGCGCGCAUCACGCUGCGUGCUGCCCAGGUCUGGCACGGGAUUGUCAACUGCGCUCCCUCCUCUUCCUCCUCAUCAUCAUCCUCGUCCUACCUGCUCACCGCUCAGACAUCAGCUCGCCGAGAGCCCUAAACCGAAGGCUCGAGCAAGGCGAGAGAGGAGUGGGGGGGCCGUCAUGAUGAGCCUGGCGCCGUCGCGCGAGCCGUCGGCCGGCGUGCCCGCGAAGAACGCCUACCGCAUGGUGGUGCUGGGCGCCUCCAAGGUCGGCAAGACGGCGCUCGUGUCGCGCUUCCUGCUCGGCCGCUUCGAGGACGCCUACACCCCCACCAUCGAGGACUUCCACCGCAAGCUCUACCGCAUCCGCGGGGAGCUCUACCAGCUGGACAUCCUCGACACGUCCGGGAACCAUCCCUUCCCGGCCAUGCGCCGCCUCUGCCUACUCACAGGCGACCUGUUCGUGGUCGUCUUCAGCCUCGACAGCCGCGCCUCCUUCGAGGAGGCCAAGCAGCUGCGGCUGCAGAUCCUCGAGACGAAGGCGUGCCUCAAGGCCAAGCGGCGCGCGCUCGCGCACGACGCGUGCCGCCCGCUCGUGCUGUGCGGCAACAAGGGCGACCGCGGCGACGCGUGCCGCGAGGUGCCCCGGCGCGAGGCCGAGGAGCUGGUGGAGGGCGACGUCGCCGGCAGCGCCUACUUCGAGAUCUCGGCCAAGCGCAACACCGGCGUCGACGAGAUGUUCCAGGCGCUGUUCGCGCUCGCGGGGCUGCCUGGCGAGAUGAGCCCCGCGCUGCACCGCAAGCUGUCGGUGAGCUACUGCGAGCUGCUGGCGCGGAAGUCGCUGCUGCAGAGGCGCAAGGGGCGCAGGCGGCCGGCGGCGAGGGAGGGCGGCGGGCCGGAGGAGCGGCCGAGCCGCGUGGAGGAGGAGGAGGCGUGCGGAGCGAUCACGCCGUUCGCCCGGCGGCCGAGCGUCAACAGCGACCUCAUGUACAUCCGCGAGAAGGCGCUGGGGAAUUCGCGCGAUCGCUGCGUCGUCCAGUGACGUCGUCUUCGUAUUCGCGUGCCGUGACGUUUCCCAGUGGAGG